CUUUUCACUUUCCUUCAACAGUCACCCCUCAUUUGCUCUCUGACCCCGCUUCCUCACUUCAUCUCUUUCAGAGAAAAAACCCUAAUAAAAUCAUUAUAAUACCCAUAAAGUAAUCAGGCUCUUCCUUUAUAAAAUGCAUACCCUCUGUCCAACCCUUUACUAGUUUUCCAACCUCUCUCUCUUUCUCAUUCUUUUUUCUCUGGUCUGAAACCAUGCUUCCUCAGCGAUUCCAUAUGAUGGCAUUGGCUAUGCUGUUCUUGUUUCUGCUCUGCAAGUUUAUGGUAGUAGAGUCCAGUCUAUCUGUUCUUGACAGGAUUGGCCGAUUACCGGGUCAACCUCAAGUUGAGUUUCAGCAGUACUCGGGUUAUGUCAAUGUUGAUGACAAGAAACAGAGAGCUCUGUUUUAUUAUUUUGCUGAAGCAGAAGUAGAUCCUAUUUCCAAGCCUCUUGUUCUCUGGUUAAAUGGAGGGCCUGGGUGUUCCUCAUUAGGAGUUGGUGCAUUCUCUGAGAAUGGACCAUUUAGACCUCGUGGGGAGGUUCUGGUCAAGAAUGAGUAUAGCUGGAACAGAGAAGCCAAUGUGAUAUAUUUGGAAUCACCUAUUGGAGUUGGGUUCUCUUAUUCAAUUGAUACUUCUUCUUAUGAGGGUGUAAAUGAUAAGAUUACUGCCAGAGACAAUCUAGUUUUCUUGAGAAGAUGGUUUGUCAAAUUCUCACAAUACAGAAACAGAAGCUUGUUUAUAGCAGGAGAAAGCUAUGCAGGUCACUAUGUACCCCAACUAGCACAACUGAUGCUGCAAUUCAACAAGAAGGAGUUUCUGUUCAAUUUGAAAGGAAUAGCCUUGGGCAAUCCAGUUUUAGAGUUUGCUACUGAUUUCAAUUCAAGAGCAGAGUUCUUUUGGUCACAUGGGCUGAUUUCAGAUUCAACAUACAAAAUGUUCACAUCUUCUUGUAACUAUUCCCGAUAUGUCAGUGAAUAUUAUAGGGGCAGUAUAUCUCCUAUAUGCUCAAGGGUGAUGAGUCAAGUGAGUACAGAAACCAGUAGAUUUGUAGACAAGUACGAUGUCACUCUAGAUGUCUGCAUAUCAUCUGUGCUUUCCCAAUCCAAAAUUAUUAGUCCCCAGCAAGUUGGGGAGACGAUAGAUGUCUGUGUAGAAGAUGAAACAGUGAACUACCUGAACAGGCAAGACGUUCAGAAAGCUCUUCAUGCUAGGUUGGUGGGAGUUCGUCGAUGGUCUGUCUGCAGCAAUAUCCUUGAUUAUGAGCUGCUUAACCUGGAAAUACCUACAAUCAAUAUUGUGGGCACACUUAUUAAGGCCGGAAUACCAGUUCUUGUCUACAGUGGAGACCAAGAUUCUGUAAUCCCAUUGACUGGGAGCAGAACGUUAGUUAGUCACUUGGCGGAGAUGUUACAGCUUAAAACCACCAUACCUUACAGAGUUUGGUUCGAGGAACAACAGGUUGGUGGAUGGACUCAAGUUUAUGGGAAUAUCCUAUCAUUUGCAACCAUUAGAGGAGCAUCUCAUGAAGCUCCAUUCUCUCAGCCUGAAAGAUCUCUUGUGUUGUUCAAGUCAUUUUUAGAUGGGCGUCCUCCGCCAGAAGCAUUCUGAUCUGGUGAUUGGUUCAGUUCAUUAUUUUUGGAGCAUACAUGGAGAUUAUAAAUAACAUUUCUGCUAAAGGCAGUCUGUUUGUCACUGGGAAUGAAAAUUGCAUUUUUUGGAUUGUUUGUUUGUUUCUGUGUAUCUCAAAGAAAGUGUAGGGAAAAUUUUGUAAAUAGCUCAAGUAAAAGAAAUGUUUUACGGCUCACUCUCAACAUUUUGUCUUUGUGUUAAUUGUAAUACUGGGUUCGAGAA